GAGCGCCCGGCGCCCGGGACGUGCCUGCGCCUCCGGCCGCCGCGCCUCUGCCGCGGCCGGUCCGGCGGCCUCCACCCUCUCCCGCCGAGCCGGCUUCACUCCGGCUCCCUCCAGAGGCUGCGCUCGUCGUCCCGUUUCGGACUUUGAUUGCUUACGGAGGGGAUUUGUCUUCUUCUAUUUCUUUUUCCUUUUACGAUUUGAAAAGGAGAAAAGAACGCACGGCAAGCUGGGACGGUGAAGCGCCACCAGCUGCCCCCACGUGGACACCUCCAAGGCGAAAGGGAGUUGGACGCACACUUGGGCCGGCCGGCCUUGAGGCCUCCACUUCGGCCGGACUCCCAGGCCUGGGGUCAUGACUCUCAGGCCCGGCAGGUGGAAGGCGUUGACUGUCCUGGGCUGGACCUGAGCCGCGGCCCCCACUGCAACAACCCGCACCCCCGCCCCGAGCUCACCGACACACCGGCCACCUGGGCUAGGUUCUGACUCGCGCCUGCGACAUGGAUAAGUACGGCGACCUGGGCCUGGAGGCCAGCAAAUUCAUUGAGGACCUGAACAUGUACGAGGCCUCCAAGGAUGGACUCUUCCGAGUGGACAAGGGGGCAGGCAACAACCCUGAGUUUGAGGAAACGCGCAGGGUGUUUGCCACCAAGAUGGCCAAGAUCCACCGCCAGCAGCAGCAACAGCUUCUGCAGGACGAGACCUUGCCCAGGGGGGUCAGAGGUCCGGUCAACGGCGGGGGCCCCCCAGGCCCACAGGUCCGACGGGAUGCCGCUGUGGGCCACAAGCUGACCCCGGAUGGUGCUACCAAGCCCCCUCUCGCUGCCUCGACAGCGGGUCCUGGGACGGCCACCGCCGUCGCCUCUGGGCAGCCCUUGUAUCCACCCCAGGACCAGAGGGCCAGGCCGUAUGUCCGCAGCGGAAGCCACGGCAGCCAGGACUGUGGCUCCAGGGAGAGCCUGGCACGCUGGGAGAUGUCUGCUUUCCGCCAGCCCGGCCCCUGCGAGGAUCCUUCCUGCCUCACCCACGGAGACUAUUAUGACAACCUCUCUUUGGCGAGCCCAAAGUGGGCUGAUGAACCGGGAGUGUCCCCCAGCAUCAGGGUGGGCGUCGGGAGUGGGUGGCCUGGCACCCCAGGGAUUACUGAAGCACCGCUGUCCAAACCCUCCGGGGAUCAUCCCCUGUACCAGCCUCAGCUGGCCCCAAACUCCAGCCAGUCGUCAGAGACCGGCCAGGAUGGCGGUGUUGGUGGCCGCGGCUGUGAGAAGCCAGCCGGGCUUUGGACUACCGCCUCUUCCCAGCGGGUGAGCCCCGGCCUUUCUUCCCCCGGCCCGGAGAACGGGGCCCUCAGGGGGCCCACUCAGCCCAGGACCCCUUCUUUCUUGGCACCCUUGGCCCAGAGCUGCCCCAGCCAAGGAGCUCUUCCCAGAACAAACUUGGGCGUGGGGAGCGAGGUAUCGGGCACCACGCCCAAACCCACUGUGGACCCUCAAGCCUGGUUCCAAGAUGGACCCAAGUCUUACCUUUCUAGUUCCUCCCCAUCAUCCUCACCAGCCAGCGUGGAUGGUUUGCCGUCGGGUGCGGCCCCUGGACUGGGUCCCAAGCCUGUCUGCACGGACCCUGGCGUUGGUCCCAAGCUCAGCCCCACCAGCCUUGUCCAUCCGGUGAUGUCCACCCCGCCUGAGUUAUCUUGUAAAGAAGGCCCCUCCGGCUGGUCAUCUGAUGGCAGCCUGGGGCCUGGGCUCCGGGAGAGCCCCAGUCCCCCCAGGGUGAGGCUGCCCUGCCAGACCCUCAUCCCGGGCCCCGAGCUUGGGCCCUCAGCCGCCGAACUGAAGUUAGAAGCCCUCACUCAGCGUCUGGAGCGUGAGAUGGAUGGUCACCCGAAGGCCGAUUACUUUGGAGCCUGUGUGAAAUGCAGCAAAGGGGUGUUCGGGGCCGGCCAGGCCUGCCAGGCCAUGGGGAACCUCUACCACGAUGCGUGCUUCACCUGUGCGGCCUGCAGCCGGAAGCUGAGAGGAAAAGCCUUUUAUUUUGUCAACGGCAAAGUGUUUUGCGAGGAGGACUUCCUGUACUCCGGGUUCCAGCAAUCUGCCGACAGGUGUUUCCUUUGUGGACAUCUGAUCAUGGAUAUGAUCCUGCAGGCCCUCGGGAAGUCCUACCACCCCGGCUGCUUCCGCUGCGUCAUCUGCAACGAGUGCCUGGACGGGGUGCCCUUCACCGUGGACUCCGAGAACAAGAUCUACUGUGUCCGAGAUUACCACAAGGUGCUGGCCCCCAAGUGUGCAGCCUGUGGGCUUCCCAUCCUUCCACCUGAGGGCUCAGAUGAGACCAUCCGCGUCGUGUCCAUGGACAGAGACUUCCACGUGGAGUGCUACCACUGCGAGGACUGCGGCCUGGAACUCAACGACGAAGACGGCCACCGCUGCUACCCCCUGGAAGACCACCUGUUCUGUCACUCCUGCCACGUCAAGAGACUGGAGAAGAGCCCCUCCCCUGCAGCUCUCCACCAGCAUCGCUUCUAGCCGGAGCCUCUUCCAGACCUCGCGUUGGCGACCAGCAGCCAGCGUCGCAAAGCCAGACAUCUGCCUGCUAAUUCCAGUGGCCCCACGGGGUGGUCGUGGGGGUGGGGGGGUGGGGAGGGGGGCCAGGCAGGUAAGUUUCUGUAUACGCGCGGGGCGCCGUUCCUUCAACCUCCCUGUCUGGUAGGUGUUACUUUCCAAGUGCCUUUCUCCGCCGCCCCGCCCUCAUUGGAUUACUCAGGAAGAUACUCUAGCAGGUGCAUGGCGUGUGACACCCCAAGGAGCCCUCUGGGCCCCUCUGGGAACAGCUCGUGCUUUAGAGGGAAAAGUUUGCGCUGAGCGUACUUCUCGGUGUCCUCUGAGGAGGGCUCAGCUGCCAAUACCUUCAGCCCCUCCCUGUCCCUUUAGGAAAGCACCCGCACCAGACAUUACCCCCGGUGCCCCCCCCCCCCCACGCACACGACAUGAUUUGAGACUGCACCCUCGACACGCACAUGCAGCAUUAUGGGAGACGUCUCUCCGCCCCAGAGACUCCUCUCUUCUGUCGGAUGGCUGCAGAUUUUAACUGCAUCGUGGCAAGAGGGGAGCUGUGCCCGUGCUCUGUGUCCGAGGAAGAACUGCUUGGUAAACCGGAGCCGAGUUGUGGACUGAGCGAGCCGGGGUUUCCUCCUCGUACGCUGACAACGUCUUGCCUGCUCCUGCAAAUCUUCACUCCCUGACAGGCAGCUGGGAGCCCGGGCGGAGGUUUGCCCCGUUCGAUAGCGAGGCGUGUUUGGGACGAGAACUUGGGUGUGGGUACCAGGCGUCCUUUGCCCUCCUGUUUGCACCGUCCUCCUCUGGAGCUCUCGAGAGUCUGGGACUUUGGAGUCGCUCCCACAGAGGCAAGUCUCAGGAUCCCGUGUGGGGACAUCUCUGUGCCUGUCGUAGCUUAUCUAACCACGGGCUUUGGGGAAGCCUUGCCCAUGUGCUGAGAGCUGGCGCAUACACGAGGAGACUGUGUGUGUGUGUGUGUGUGUGUGUGUGUGUGUGUGACAGUGACAUCUCCAGCAGCACGAGACGGAGAGCCUCAGGAAAAAUCACCAUGUUCGUUUUCCACUGUGUCUCGUCUGUCUCUGGCCCAGUGCUUGGCUCGGGCGUGGCCUGCGAAGAAACCCGCAGAAGGUA